UUUUUAACUCUCAUGGUUGCAGAGAAAAGCUGGAAGAUGUGAACCCUGAAAGCUCAAAACCAGGAGGCAAAUGAAAAGACCCCAGAAAGUGUUGCUGGUUUUUUUUUAAUCUCAUUCUUAUGCCAAUCAUUUUGAGCCUCAUUCAUGAUUUGUGAGCAGGGGGCUGAGUAGCCCCAUGGGGAUCAAUAAAACUAGUCACUGGAGUCAAGCUAAGCACGGGAGUUUGUUUUCAAGCGUCCGGGAUCACACAGCCCUCAAAGUCACACAGCUCAGCCCGCCCCUGCCCUCAACAGCUCUGCCUCCUCCCUCCCGGACCCGGAGGCGCCUCCAGAGCCAGGAGACGUGAAAGCAGAGCUCCUUCGUUCGGCUGCUGCAGCUUCCCUGGGCGAGGGACGUCUCUUGCCGAUAUGCAUUCUUCUUAAAAUGAGAUUAUUUUGAAGUUAAACACCAAGAAGUUCAUCAUUGUUUCUGACUCAAGAAGAAGGCAACUAAGUAAAAAUGUCCAUCAGCAUAACUUGGUGGUCUACUUGCACAUUCCUAAUCAUGUGUUACAUGAUACCUGGGCCAUCCCUCAGUCAAGAUUGUUCUCUAGAGAAGAUGGAAAAUGUUGUAAUUGAUAUGAUGCUAUCUCUCUCAAAAGGCAUCAGAGGGACUGAGCCAAUAUAUACACCAACUCAGGAAACUUGUAUUAAUGCUUGCUGCUUAGAAAAAAACAUAUCAGGAGACAGGCAAUGUAAUUUGAUGAUUUUUGAUGCUCGAAGGAUAAGCCAGCAUCCAAACUGCUACCUGUUUUACUGCCCUAGUAAGGAAGCUUGUCCAAUGAAACCAGCAAAAGGACUCGUCAGCUACAGGAUAAAUAGAGGUAUACAGAUUCUGGACUCACAGCUUGCAAAUUACGACUCGAAUGGAAACUCUCUUUCUUCACAAGCAGCUCGCUUUGACCUUCCCAAUCAGGCAGGUCACCUGAAUCAUACUGUUGCUUUGCAGAAAUCUAUUACUUCUCAGAUGUCUGAACUCAUUGACCAUAUAGAAGAACAUUUAGAUAAGAUUGAAUUGCACACACAGUUUCCUGAAGACCAAGAGAAAAAACAUCCUGAGACCUUAGAUUCUUUCCCCAAACAAAAAAUAACCAAGUUAUUGCCUACAAGGGCUGCUCGAACGUCUCAGCUUAGCACCUCCACUCCCCCACCACCUACCAUGCUUCCUACCACUAUCAGUAGUGCUGUACUCAAAAACACAACCACUAGCACUCAGAUUCCUACCACCACUGCUUUUACCACAACUAACCACAUGAUCUCAAAUUUCAGAACUGCUACAGAAUUUGCAAGGCUCAGAACAUCUGCCACCACUAUCAAGCCAAUAGCCACCUCUACAGACAGUACUAGCAGCAACGAUUUCUUUUCUUUGUCAGUUGUUGCUUUGCUUAAUAAGGAUUCCUUGGCUCCUUUUCAAAAUAUGCACCAGGAUAAUAGGCAGCGUGAUUCAGAAGCCUACCUAUUAGAUGAUGUUCCAAAAAGCAAGCAUGCCCCUCAAUCUGGUGACAAAAGUGGUCUCGUAGCAGCUUUACUUUUUGGGAUAGUGUUUUUGCUAUUAGUUAUUGCGCUAAUAGGCAGAAAAAUGUCUCAAUCUCUUAAAAGAAGACGUUAUAAUAGGCUAGACUACUUGAUCAAUGGAAUGUACGCUGAUGUGUGAUGGGAGGGGAAAUUGAAACAAUACAUUGGUAAGAAGUGCAGUCUUUGUUAGAAGCUGCAGUGCUGAAAUCCUUGAGGAGGGUGUGUUCUCUCUUAGCUACAGGUGGGAAAGGGGAAACAGCUGUGGAUAUGUUCUUCCCCCGCUCCCCUCCCCCAAAAAAGUACACCCUGAAUUGUGGAGUAAAAUUCAUUUAACUGCUAAAUCAUAAAAUAAACAAACACUGUCUAAGUUAAGCAGAGACGUUUUUAGAUUUCAAAUAAAAAAAAUCAAGAUCCUAA